CCUCCUCCUCCCCCCCCCCCUUUCCCCACUGGCUGUUUCUGUUUUCUGAUCUCUACACGGUCAUCGGUGUUUCGUGGUUUUUGUCCAACUGUUCGUGAUUUGUGCAUUUUCCUGUUUGUUUUAACGUCUUGAACUGAAAAGUCACCUGUUCCAUCAAAAUGUUCCCUACUGGCAGGAAAGAAUCUCCUCAUAUUAUGCAGCGACUUAUCAAUACCCAACAAAGCCCUGCCACUUUGCCUCAAACUGUAGACCGAGAAAAGGUGUACCAAUGGAUUGUUGAACUAUCCAAUCCAGAGACGAGAGAAAAUGCACUCCUUGAACUAAGCAAAAAACGCGAAACCGUACCAGAUCUUGCACCGAUGCUGUGGCACUCAUUUGGAACCACAGCUGCUCUUCUUCAAGAAAUUGUGAACAUCUAUCCAGCAAUGAAUCCAGCAACGCUAAGUGCUCAUCAGUCGAAUCGAGUGUGCAAUGCUCUUGCGUUACUGCAAUGUGUUGCAUCUCAUCCUGAAACACGCUCUACUUUUCUUCAAGCUCAUGUUCCCCUGUUUUUAUACCCAUUCUUACAUACUGUCAGCAAAACUAGACCAUUCGAAUAUUUACGUCUCACAAGCCUGGGUGUUAUUGGUGCUCUUGUUAAGACAGAUGAGCAGGAAGUCAUCACUUUCUUAUUGACAACUGAAAUUAUUCCACUUUGCCUCCGCAUCAUGGAGAGCGGAUCUGAGCUUAGUAAAACAGUUGCUACAUUCAUUCUCCAGAAAAUUCUCUUGGAUGAUUCUGGAUUGUCUUAUAUCUGCCAAACCUAUGAUCGCUUUUCCCACGUUGCUAUGAUUUUGGGCAAAAUGGUGCUCUCACUUGCUAAGGAGCCCUCUGCACGACUCUUAAAGCAUGUUGUUCGCUGCUACUUGCGUUUGUCUGACAAUCCAAGAGCAAGAGAGGCUUUGAGACAAUGCCUUCCAGAUCAACUUCGUGAUUCUACGUUUGCCGGAUGUCUUCAGGAUGACAAAUCCACAAAACACUGGUUAACACAGCUAUUGAAAAACCUGGAAACUGGAGGAGAUCCUCGCUCUGUAACUAUUUCUCCUUUGGCACCCCAGUGACGAUACUAGCUACUGGCAGUAAUGGUAAAGUGAAAGUGAGAGAUUCUUCUUUUCUUGAUCUUGCCUGUCUUAGGCACUAAUCUGUGAUUUCUGUGAUCAUGAAUUAUAAUUUCCGUACCCUUGUUUAUCUCAUGUAUUUGAUCAAGAAAAGAAAAGUUUCAAGUGAUAAAAUGUACAAAAAGAGCUCUUGAUGACUGUGUAUGCCAAGUUGAACAUAGUGACUUUGCACAUUGCACAUAUUUGUCAUAAGAACAAGUCUUUCCUUCCCAUUUGGAGUGCAGCUGUUGACUGUCUUCAUCAUUAGCAUGCACAUAGGUAAAACCAGCUAAGAGAGUUUAUCAAGUUAAAUUUAGUACGUUGUUUCAUAUCAACUUGUUUUGUCCGUAUUUUCUCUGUGUUAAACUUAACUGAAGUAUGUAUCAUGAGUAAAUACCAAGUCAGGAGAAUCUGAUCUAAAGAUUUGAACUCCGGUCAUCCUGGUCGUAGACCCAUUCAAGCUGAGUCAUUUUGAAUGGUCAAAAAGUAUAAUAUUUUUUAGAGAUUUCAUAAGAAUUAUUUCUGUAUUAUUAUCAUUUAUUCAGAAGAAAUGUUUUGGUUCUGUUACUUAGUGCUCUGUGAUUAUCUGGUCAUGAUGAGUUUCUCCAAGGGUUACUUGUGUGUCCACAACUGACUAGACAUUGUUAAACUCAUGCACCUACUCACUGUCUGGUGCUUGAAGGUGUAUUUGUAUACUAUUCUAACUGAAAAGAUUACAUAAUCAAAUGGGUGCAUAAUUUAUUCAGUUCAAUACUUUGAUCUAAAAUAUUACUCGUUUCACUCUUGUUUCAUCUAAUUGAGUAAAUUUUCCUUCCCUUAGUAGACAUUUAUUUUGUGAACAUCAGUUGGAAGAUUCAUAAGUUCUCUUUUCUAUUUCAAAGAAAAUCAAUGAGAAUAUCAAUUAACAAGAGCUUGGUGAUGAUUUCAUCAUCUGAUGGUAAACUAAUCAUUUACUUUUUUAUUUAAGAAAGAAAUCCAUUUAAAUUGGUCUCCCAAUCUUCUAAUUAUAUUAGUGACAAAUUGAGACAUUCUGUGGUUGUGUAUUCUCUUUCAUAGAAAGAUAAAUUGAUAGGGCAUAUAAAUUAUUUGAUCUGUAAUUAUAUUUUAAUGGGCAGCGGUCUCUGUGAUAUCUCUUCUGACUUAAUGGUCACAGUGAUCAUUGGGUUGAAGAGUCAUAAAUUUCUGUGAAGUCUCAAUCAGGUGUCCUACAUAGAUAGUGGAACCUGCAUGCAAAGAUGUGGCUUUAUGUAUUCAAACAUGUGACUUUAAACACUGAAAUAUGUGACCUUAAUUAUUUUUCUUACAUGGAUCUAUAUCCAGUGUGUCAGUACAAGUCUUCAUUUGUUGCCAACAGCAGGAGUAUUAGAUUAAGUUAGGUUAAGGAAUUCUCUGAUGAUUUUUUUAAGAAGUAAUGUUGGGACAACUAUGUUCCUGAAGAAAGAAUUUAAACUGCAAAGUGCUUAUAUUUAGGGUAAAGUUAAGGUGCUCAAAUCACCCCAGUUUUUUUUUUCUUUCCUUUUCCACUGUGGUAUUUGCCUACUAACUCUUUAUUGCCUUUAAAGUAAAGUAAGUAAAAGACCAAAAACAAAAAAACAAAAAAAAAGAUAAAGAAAAUAACUUAUAUUAGUUCUCUAUUGUCCUCUGUUAUCUGCCAAAGCACAUUUUGGAAUGUGUAAGGUAAUUGUUUAUGUGCAAUGCUUAAUCUAAUCUAGUAUAAAUCUUUGGUUUUAUUUUGUACUAGUUCUUGUUUUUGGUCAAGAAAAAAUAGAAUCAUGUGAAUUUCUCACUCUUAAUUGUAGAGGAGCUGAUAAACUACAAGACUUUAGUUGUUUGCCCAAGUAUUGCGCAGUGCGCUUGUUCUAGCUCUGGGCACUCUGGGUGCAUUGAGUGUCUGAGGCUGCUGAUUUGAGAGGCACAACAUAUAUUGCAUUCAACCCCGACGCAAGGUGAUUUGCUCCUAAUCACAGUCACGGUUUUUGUCUUAUACCAGCAGCCUCAAACACCCAAGGCAACUAUUUGUGAAGACACACCUUUUCUUGCAAUUGUUUCUGUAAAAGAUGUGGGUGCAUUUGUGUUUUUAAAUUUGCAUCAAAAUGCAAAGUUUCAACAGUUUUAUUGAAACCUGUUCCUCAUACUUGAAGUAUUAUGGGGGUCUUAAGUACUACAAUUUAGGUGAGCCCCUUGAUAUCAUGUCUCAUGUUUCCCUGUUGUAGACAUUCUAUGACUGUAGUAGGGCAUUAGUCAAUUUCUCUUCAGCCCAGCUAGUCGUUUUAGUUAUGCUCUGUAGCUCUGAAGCAAUUAUACAAUUAUUUAAGCUGUUAAUGGAUAGUAAUUGGGUAAACUUGAUGGAAUAACUAUAUUUUGGUUACUGUAAUGUUAUUAAAAAAACUGCUAAUGUGAUAAAACUAUUGUUAAAAGAAAAAUAGAUUGCAUUUGUAUAAGAUUGAUUUUAACAUCUCAACUGUUGCUGAUAUUUCUAAAUCACCAUCUUGAUUGAGCGAACCAUUGAUUGGCUGAACCAAGGAAGAAAUAUCUUUCCCUGGUUUGGCAAAACUGCAGUUGACGUGUUAAAAUUUUGGCUCGUGGUUCUCUCGUACCUACUCCACAUUACAUGAACCUUGAUCAUCCACUUAAAAUUGUAGCAAUUGUGAUGUGAAUAUCUCAAAGUUCUGAAUCACAUCAACAGAAGCAGGGUGUUGAACCAGAUUGUCUUAAAUCAAUCUUUUAUGUAAGGCCUCACCCUUCUUGCUUUUGAGUGAUUUUGGUCUUUGGAGACAGGUAGUUUAAGAGAGAUCACAUCGAGUUUUUUGUAGUUUAAAAAAAAUACAUCAACAAAUGUUAUUUAUUUAACAGCACUUGUGUACAAAUAGACAAUCUCUCUUUGAAUGCAGAUGAUUGUCAAACUAUAAAAUUCAUAGAAUACCUAAUUAAAGUUUAAAUCUUAAGACUGAAACUUAAUUUCACUGAAUCAGAGCAUGCGAACACUUCUUUAAUAAUAUUUCAAUGAAGAUCAUUCUAAAUGAACCAAGGUGCUUCCUAUGGAGAACACAUUUCAAUGUAUAAUAUAGUGCUUCACCAUCCCCUGUUAUUGAAAUCUUAUGAAGGCUGUUCUGUAGAAGUGCUUUGUCUGAACUGACCAUCGUGUGCAUGAAUGUUACAAGCAAUAAAUACCUUCUUUUAAAUGUAAA